AUGGUGGUCUACGUUUGCUACCAAAGUACAUUCGACCUAGAAGUAGCAAUGAAACAUUAUCGACGUGUUAAAUUCAUCGUAGAAAAAUACCGUAUGCACAAGAUCAUAGUUGUCGGUGACUUCAACCUUCAUGAUAUUGUUUGGACAGCUGAUUACGAUGAUGACAAUGGAUAUUUGCCACACACGUUAACGAAUGCCACUGCGAAUGGGAGCCUAUCAAACUACCAAACCGAUGCUCUGUAUUUUUUGGACAAAAUGCUCAGUUUGUCAUUGUCUCAACUGUCGGAUUUUCGCAACACGUCUUCGAAUGUUUUGGAUUUGGUUUUUGUCAAAAAUUCAAACGAAUUCAGACUCAGCAAGGACAACUUCACUAUCAUCGAACAAAAUCAACAAGAUCCAAGCCACGUACCUUACGAAAUAAUGGUGGAUUACUAUGCUAAUUCCUCUGUAAAGACCGAAGACGUUACUGUGUAUCAAUAUGCACGCGGACACUAUGAUAGAAUGGAAUGCCAACUGAAUGCGAUCAAUUUCCAACACGAAUUUAAUAUCAGAGAUGUUGACGCAGCAUACGAAUUCUUCGUUCAGACCAUUAAAUCUCUAAUCGAACAAAACGUGCCAAAGAAAACAGUCAGAAAAUACUCGAACAAACCGAAAUGGUGGUCUCCAGAGUUACAGCGUCUUAAGAAUCGUCGUGACAAGUUGUUUAAACGAAAAGCCAGAAACGAAUCAACAACGUUGGAAUAUGAAGAGGCACAUAAAUUAUUCAGUGAGGAAAGCGACCGUCGAUACAACGAAUAUAUCCGCCAGACACAAGAAAAUAUCAAAUCGAAUCCAGCUGAAUUUUGGAAGUUUGCGAAAAUGAAUGGUGGCAUCGAAAAGUACCCUGACAGACUAAAAUUCGGUGAUAAAAUUGGCAAUACAACGGAAGAAGUGGUAGACUUGUUUGCUGAUUACUUCGAAUCGAUUUACGUACCUGAUGAAGAGAAUUGGGAUUUUGACGAUAUUUACGUUCCGAUAAGUAGUGCUGAAGAAAUUAAUGUCUCGUUGUUUGACAUUGAAGCAGCGAUUCAUACACUGGAAUGGAAGAGUGGAGCUGGACCAGACGAGAUAAAACCAUCGGUUUUGAAAAUGUGUGCAUCAUCAGUUGCAUGGCCAAUAUGGUUGCUGUAUCAAAAAUCUUUCAAUAUUGGUGAAAUAGCAGCCACAUCGAAAAUAUCACGAAUCGUUCCGGUAUACAAAAGAAAGGGUGACAAAGCAGACGUAAAGAACUAUAGAGUCGUAGCCAUCCAAACGAUCGUACUAAAAAUCCAUGAUAUUGCAGUGAAGAAGAAGAUUAGUGAGAUUAUUCAACCUCAACUGAAAAGCGCGCAACAUGGAUUCAGGAAUAAGAGAACGAUCAUGUCAACUCGACUUGUGUUACGGUGA